GUGCGGGUGUGGGAUUUCUGUUCCUGUUGUGUUUGUUGCGGCGCAGCACUUUGUUGAUGAAUGGCAUACACAUGGUGGUGCUGCGGAGUUUCAAACAAUUAGCAACAGAAAUAAGACUGAAUUUGGAAUUUUGAAUCCGGGGACUCAGGCUGAGAAUUUAGUUGUGACUAUUUCAACGGAGACGAUAAACAGACUGACUGACAACUGACAGCUGACUGAGCGGAUUCCUUUGAAGCACACUGGGACACACACACCUGACCGGACCCGGACCGGACCGAUGCCAGGCCUACUGCGACCCCCACGCACAUUUCACUCCGAAUAGGACAGGCACAGUGGUCCGGUCCAAUCACCAUUCACAGAGAGCAGCGCAGACACAAAGGCACUUAUGCUGGCACCUACGCUGGCACCACUGUGCGCGCUUGCGCCGCUUGGGGGCAGGCAAGCAAGCAACGGCCGCCAGAUGUGGCCGCAUCUAAUUAUAGACGACUCCUGGCUUAGGCGCAGCCUCAUCCCUUGUCUUGUGGCAGAACAGAAACAGAGACAGAGAACAGAGAGCAGUUGGAUUUCGACUGGCGGCAAAGAAGCAGCAGCACAGCACCUAUACAAUGUCUUCGUUUGGAAUGCGCGGCAUGAGUCAGCCGCUGGGCAUCAGGAUCUGCUGCUGUCGCGUCUGUACGUGCAUCAACUUUGGCUUUGUGCUGUCGCGGGUGGGACUGCUCAAGCUGAUGCAACUGGGUCUGGCGAUGCUCUGCGAGGGCCUGCUGAUACGCUACGGUGUGCCCUACGCGGACUCCAUUGGCCAGGCGCUCACCAGCUUUCUGGCCACCACAGGACACUGCUUCACGACGACCGGCAUACUGCUCCUGUGCUAUGGAUUCUCGGAGAAAUCGUACGGCCUCAUUCGACAGUCGCUGUUUGAGACCCUGUUCAAUGGCCUGGCCGCCUGCAUGUACUUCAGCUCGUCCAGCUACAUGGGAUUCGCGUGCGUUGUGUGGCUGCAUCCGCAGUUCUUGGUGCGUCCCGGCUUCUGGGCAUAUCCGGCCAUGACCGCCUGCUACUACAUGGGCUAUGCGGCGGGACUGCUGCACGCCAUCGAUGCCUUUCUGGCCUUCAAGCACUUCAGGGGAGGAGGGCGCUAGGAGUCUCUUGUGUGUGGGGGGUUUGAUUAAAGCAUUUAUCAGUUUAUAAGGCACACCUUUCCGCGGGUUAGAAGUUACACAUUAAAAUCGCAUAAAACG